AUGUCAGGAAGCAGUCAUGGCAGAAGGCUUCGAAUAGAAAACGAUGCUCGGCAAAAUGGGGGGCCGUCAAGACAACGACGUCGCCACCAGGACUAUACGGUCGCAUGCAUUUGUGCCCUUCCUUUGGAGAUGGCCGCUGUUGCGGCAAUGCUGGACGAGCGACACGAAAGCCUACCGGCCAAGCCAAGUGACACAAACUCCUACAUCCUUGGCCGAAUAGGCCAUCAUUGCGUUGCGAUCGCUUGCCUUCCUGCAGGCGUCUACGGCACGACAGCUGCCACAAAUGUCGCCACGCAAAUGUUGUCCACCUUUGAUUCCAUACGAUUUGGUCUGAUGAUUGGUAUUGGGGGAGGAGUUCCGAGCAGAUCAAACGAUAUCAGGCUGGGGGAUGUGGUCGUCAGCAAGCCAACAAGAGACACUGGAGGCGUUAUUCAGUACGAUUAUGGCAAGACUGUGGCUGGUGGGCGCUUCGAACUCACCGGCACACUGAACAAACCACCAUCUGUUCUUUUGACAGCCGUUGCGCGGCUGCAGGCCGAGCAUAAAUUAGAACCAAGCCGCAUGCCUCAAAUACUCUCCGACGCGAUCGCGAAGUACCCCGCUACAAAGAAGGAUUUGACAUACUGUGGUCAAGAAAGCGAUCGUCUUUUUGCGUCAAACUACGAUCAUCCUGUUUCUGACUGUGAUUCUGAGGAUUGUCGCCAUUGUGAUCCGGCGAUGCUCAUCUCGCGCUCGACUCGCGAUGAUCACAAUCCAGUCAUUCAUUAUGGUCUUAUUGCCUCUGGCAAUCAGGUCAUGAAGCAUGGGAAACGUAGAGAUCAGCUUGCGGGGGAUCUUGGCGUUCUCUGCUUUGAGAUGGAAGCAGCCGGUUUGAUGGACAAUUUUCCAUGUCUGGUGAUCCGCGGCAUAUGCGACUACUGCGACUCUCAUAAAAACAAGAAAUGGCAAAAUUACGCUGCGGGCACAGCUGCUGCUUAUGGCAAAGAGAUUCUCUCAGUCAUUCCACCAAGUCAAGUGAAUGAUGCCAUGCUAGCCGAAGUCUCUCGACGUACGCCAAGAGCAGGGGGUUUUGGUUCUCUGCCCAAUGAAGUCACCAAAUAUAAGAGUCGAAAUAUUCAGAAGAUCAUUGAUGAUGUAUCAGACUAUGAUCAUGAGAGGAUGCACCAAAGACUGAGUCGUAAGCGGUUGAUUGGCACAACUCGGUGGAUCUUUGAUCAUCCGCAUUUCAAGCAGUGGUUUAAUGAAAAGACAGCGAACAGCCUCUGGUGUUCAGGGAUCAUUGGAUCUGGGAAGACAAUGAUCGCAUCUGCUGUCAUAGACGCAGCCAAGUACGACCUCAAAACUCCGACGGCUUUCUUCUACUGUAUCGAAGAUUUUCCUGCCUCGCUUGAUUCGAUCACUAUUCUCUCCAGUCUCGUGAAACAGCUAUGUGGAUAUCUUCUCAGGAAAGAUCUCACGUUGCCAGACAACAUUGCCCGAGAUCUUUAUCGAUUCUUUGGGCCCAAAAGACUUAAACCAGACUUUGACGACAUGGCAGAGUUGUUUAGCAAUUGUUAUCGUCCGUUGGAAGAGGUCAUUCUCGUAGUAGACGGAAUCGAUGCUCUAGGUCGAGAGCAUGCAAUGCCUCUACUGAAAGUUCUCAGAUUAUGCCUUGUGAAAUUCGGUACCCGAAGCAAAUCACGCAUCAUGUUGCUAAGUCGAGACCAAGUGGCUGGUUUUAUCAACAUUGAUACAAUCAUGCCAGGGAUUCUUCACAUCACGACGUCGCUCAAUGUCACGCAGGAUAUCAAGACCUACAUUGAGAGCAGUGUUGAAGACAAGAUGUUGUACCGAAGACUGACGGACGAUCCCCUGCUACUGAAGGAGGUUCGGCAACGGCUCCUGGAAGAAUCAUCUGGGAUGUUUUUGUGGGUCUUUCUCCAAAUUGAGAUUCUCUGGGACACCUGCUUCACAGAUGCGGACAUCAGGUCGACGAUUGCCGAUCUGCCCAAAGACUUGGAAGAUACAUAUGGCCGAUGCUUGUCAAGGAUAGACCGCGGGGACAGUCGCGUUUUGAAAGUCCUCAAGUGGGUCAGCUUUGCAAGCAACCCGCUUCACAUUGACGAACUACGAGAAGUCAUUGGGUUCUCAAUCGAUGAUACCACAUGGACGCCCUCCAAAAAGCCUUUGGAUUUUUUUGUGGUCGGUUGCUGUGCGAAUCUCGUUGUGGUUGAACCUACAGAUGGUCUUGUGCGCUUCGCCCAUUUCUCAGUGAAGCAAUAUCUUGAUAAGGCCAGGAGCCAAAAGUUGAUCGAGGGCUAUCCGACCCAUGCUCAAGGCGUGGCAGAAUGCGGAGAAACGUGCGUCGCGUACCUCUCUUUGCCGAACUUUAAUCUACAAAUCGCCUCUCGUUGUGAAGAAAGCGUCGUUAUGACACCACCGAUACUGUUCGCUCGAGAUGCUAUUUACAAAUCAAUCGCAUCACGCUUUUUUCCAAAGUCUCGAACAGAAAUGCGCCGUGUUUCGUUGCCUCUUCGAUCCGUACGAUCAACCACUCGACCAGAUGAAGAUGAGUAUAACUUCCUGACUUAUGCUAUCAAAAACUGGACGUCACAAACGAGAAAUUUACACCCGAAUUCACCCGUCUGGGGGAAAUUUGUUAGGCUCGCAACAUGUACAGACGACACCUGGAAGUUUCACCCUUGGGUCUCUGGCGGACAGUCGCAAGCCUCGCGCUAUCAUGGUCUUUUUAGCUGGGCCGUAAUCGAGCAGCAUGCACCCCUACUUUCAAUCGCAAUGUCUGUGACAUCUUACAUGCAAGUGAUUUGUGACCUACCACUGAUUGGGAAGGGUAUACCUGCGCUUCACGUUGCCGUCAAACUUCGGAAUGUAUCAAUUAUGAAAAAGCUGCUUGAGGUGUGCAAUCCGAACCAAAGGGAUGCUGAUGGGCUCGUGGCUCUGCAUCAUGUUGCACUCAAUGGAGACGUUGAAUGUUGUCGCGCACUUCUCGCUAGACGAGAUCUGGAUAUCAACGCCGUGUCUAAAUCACAUGGCAGCCCCCUCUGGCUAGCACUCAGCCAAGACCACCAGCAGAUCAUUCACUUACUCAUGGACUCUGGCGCAAGAAUGGACAGAAGAGAGGAGUGCAUCCACAAUAUGCCCUUGCUCUUCGCAAUCGCUGAUGGGAAUGUGCAAUUGUCUUUGCAACUCAUUGAAAGUGGCGUCAACAUCGAAGCGCGAUGGUCAAAUGACCACUCAACCUAUUGGAGAAGUACUCGUCAUCCUUAUUGGGUAGAUCGUCUUCUCAUGACGCCCCUUUGCUUGGCAACCGAGCUUAGAUUGGACGUCAUAGUGAAGGCGCUGCUUGACAAGGGCGCUGAUAUAGAAGCUCGUGGUAUGAAUGGCAUGAGCCCACUUCUCCUAGCCGUUGAGGAUGGCAACGAGGCACUCGUCAGAGUGCUGCUCGCUAGAGGUGCCCAAGUCAUGGUGCCUAAAGUCGAUACUAGCGCAGAGAGUACCGACAAUAAUCGCUAUUUGACCACUAAGGAGCUUGGAUCGUUUCAUUCUCCGCUUCUCAUCGCAACUGAGAAGGGUCAUGAAGCAGUCGUGCAAUUGCUUAAGGGCGCCAACACACAUGCUACGACCUCGUCCGGCCUAACUGCACUUGCGAUCGCAACCAUGCACGGCGACGAGGAACUCGUGAAUCUUUUACUCUGCGACUUGGUAAAUACAACAGCGCCCGAACGGGAGAAAUUGCUUCUAAUCGCAGUCGAAGCCGGUAACAUACAUGUUGUAAAAGCAUUGUUAGAAAUUGGAGUCAAUAUCGAAGUUUCUGACACCAACGGUGAUACCUCGCUUCAUAUAGCCACCAAGAACGGCAAUAAAGCUCUUGUGAGGAUGCUACUUGAUGAGGGUGCCGACGUCCGUGCUACGAAUUUGUUCGGUCUCACGCCGAUCGCUAUUGCAAAUCUGCCAAAACACGAUGAAAUCACGUACGCAUUGCGCGAAAGACUCUUACAAUCAACGCUGGCUAGAAAGGGUGUGAACUCCAAAGCCUAG